UUCCAAAUUCCAAUUGUCCUCUUCUCCAAUCAAUAGUUAAUUAUAUAUAUAUAUAUAUAUAUAUAUAUAUGUAUGUAUAUGCAACAGGAAUUCUUCGUUGAAGAGGAACAAAGCCUUGUUUCUGGUGUCAAGACUGUUGAGUUCUUACCAAUCUUAUUUUGGAGAAAGCAAUGAUGUCUUGCAAAUGAAGCCUUCCCCUCUUGCUUUGAGUGAUAUUUCUUGCAAGAAGGCCUUUGCACUCAUCAUUGAUAUGGGCACAAAAAGUUGACCAACUGAGGCGUGUUUGUCUUUCAUUCAUGUGUUGUUUUGGAUUAGGUGGUGAGAAAAGUGGAAACUGAUGAUUUCCUGAUUUGCUACGCGACCUGAAUUGGUACCACCCUAACACCUCCUCCCACUAUUACCGCUUUCCUCUUUUUUUCUGCUCUUCAAUAUUCCUCGACGUCAUUGUUUCUUGGCGACAGAAAAUGACUGGAAAUCUGAAACCGUUUAAUUUUCAGGAGAAUAUGGGUUCUGAUCAUAGUCUGAUCAGCUCGAACUAUGAACCUGGAGAAUUGUUUCAAAAAGGAGGUCAGAAAUUUCCUGUUUCUGAAGACGCAAACGGACUGCAACACUCGAGCACGAAAUCCGACAGCUUCGUGGUGGACAUGGAACGCUUUUCUCAUCUUAUAGAGAAAGACAUCAGUUCGAAUUCAAGAAUUGGUGCGCAGCGAACCCCUUCAAGACAAGGAUGGAUGAGAGGGGUCGAUAACAAUAUCAACUCAGCAACUCCAGAUUUGAAAGACUUGAGCACGCUUCCAACUUCACCUACAGCUACUUUACAUGGUGGUAGCACGCCCCAAAAGGCAUCAGCGGUAGGGGCGGUGGGAGCCACCAAUCACCACGUCCCCCAAGUCCACCAUCAGAUCACCAUCAAGAAUGGCAGCAUGAGCAGUAUAGCUGCCGAAGGCCAACGUGGUGGGAAGAGGUUAAGUUUCCGGCGUUCUACCCUGACAUCCUUGUUUCAUCCAACAAGGAUACUUUUCAUCUGUGCAACCAUUUCAAGCAUCGGAAGUAUUAUACUGAUUUAUGUAACGUUAACCAUUGGAAACCUCAACGAGGGAGGUGAUAAUGUUCUUGACCACUUCUGAACUUGAUCAAUUGCUGGGAGCUGGAGCUCUUCAGUUUCGGCUUAUUCAACUCAGCGCGCAUGUAAAUGAAGGCUGAACAAGUGAAGUAAUAUAGAGUUAAUUAGAAGAACUUAAGGCAGAAAUGAAUCGAUCUCCAUCGGCUUCCAGCCGAGUUACCUUCUUUUUCCAGACAACUUUUCUAAGUAGCAAAUUCCUAAACUAGAAGACAGCGGCAGAUGUAUAGCACUAGGAGAGGAGUGGAGUUUUCUUUUCUCCUUCCUCCUUUAUGUUUGUUUUUUCUUUCUUUACGUUUGUUUGUUCUUUCUGUAGUCCAGAAAUUCCUGCAGUAUAAAUAGUCCCAUGGCAUUCAGAA